AUGUAUGAUAUGGAGGCUGCGCCGCAAGAACCUCCGGCAUCCAGUGAACACGACUUUGAUCCUUCUGCUGAAGAUCCUGCUGCUGAUCAGGCUCCACCGAGCUCUUCCAGUAACUCUGAAUGCGACGAAAGUACCCCACCUGAUAUUAAGGCUUCACCGCAUCGUUCUUCGCCAGUGACUGGAGGAGAUGACGGUCUUGAUGCUGAGGAUUCAUCGCAUCCCUCCUCGACAGGCGGUGGACACGACAGUAACAAUGAUAGUGAAGACCUUUCCGACGAGGAUGAUGAGGAAGACGGUUUUGAUGGCGAUAAUAACGGCGACGACGCCAUGAUGCUAGCUGAUUGA